GGGACUCUUAUUUUGAAAAGCAGUGGCCGGAAGUGAUGCUGAGGACGAUCGGGAGCGAGCUGGAUGUUGAUGCGCAGCUUGGGAAGCGUCAGAUCAGAAAAACAUCCCAAAAUAAGAGAAGAACACAACAAAAGAGAGCGCUGUGACCAUGCCUCCCCGUGCUGCUCUCUCAUUGGUCGGCCUGCUCCUGCUGACUCUGGCCUCCUCCGAGCCCGCCGACCCCUCCCUGGACGAUCUGACCAAUAGGAACGCAGACCUGGGCGCCAGGCUGUACCGAGCCGUCUGCAGCCGGACCGACGACAACGUCUUCCUGUCGACGUUCACGCUGUCUGGCGCGCUGCUGGCGCUGCUCAGCGCUGCCAGGGGGGCGACCCGGGACCAGCUGCUGCAGGGACUCAGUCUCACCGGACUGGACCCGGAGACGCUGCCAGAUCUGUUCCAGACUCUGAGCGCCGGCGUGCAGCAGGGCAGCGCCGCCAUGACCCUGAAGCAAGGCGUGGCCAUGUUUCCUGCACAAAGCGUCCAGGUGUCUCUGUCCUACCUGGACCUGCUGAAGAUGAAGUUCGGCGGCAGCAUUAAGAACCUGGCGUACGCGGCGCCGCCGGAGGCCGCAGACACCAUCAACCUGUGGUCGCAGGAGGUGACCGGAGAUCAGGUCCAGGAACUGGUGCCCGACCCAGAGCCCCAGACCCAGCUGCUGCUCGCCACCGCUGCCGCAUACAACGUGCGGUUCAGUCCGUCCUUUAACGCGUCCCUGACUCUGGACGAGCGUUUCUACGUGGGAAAGUAUCACGUCGUCAUGGUUCCCAUGAUGUUCCGGGCCGAUAAGUACUUCCUGGCGUAUGACCGCUCACUGAAGGCCGGCGUGCUGAAGCUGCCGAUGGCAGGCGGAGCGGCCAUGUUGGUGGUCCUGCCAGACGAGGACGUGGACGUCAUCGCGGUGGAAGAGGAAGUGACCGGAGAAAAGAUCCAGGCCUGGAUCAGGCAGCUGAAGAAGACGAAGCUGGAGGUGCAGCUUCCUCGCUUCCUGUUGGAGCGUUCCUACUCUCUGCGGGACGUCCUGCAGACUCUGGACAUCACUCAGGUGUUUCAGGACGACGCUGACCUCAGCAACAUGGCCGGAGCCGGAGGACUCAAACUUAAUCAGGUUCACCACAAGUCUCAGGUGUCGGUGGCGGAGAACGAUGACAUCACAGCGGGCGGCGACGCCGGCGUUUUCUCCACUCUCCCCCCCCGCCUGACGGUCAACAGACCCUUCCUCUUCAUCAUCUACGAGGUGGCGAGCCGCGUCGUGCUGGCCAUGGGCCGCGUCAUCGACCCCUCUAGCAAAUAACACGGAGGGUUCCCAACCCGAGGCUCCAGACCCCCGAUGGGCCGGGAGAUAAACCCAACGGGUCCAGUUUCAGAUAUCUCAUUGCAGACUAAUCGCAUGGUUGUCCGUAGUUAACUCGCGGUUAUUGCCGUUUUUUAUCUGUCCCGAUUAAGUUUCUUUAGUUCUGCAUCGGUCCAGCGUUAAAGGGCCCAUAUUCUGCUCAUUACAGGGCCCAUAUUCUGCUCAUUACAGGGCCCAUAUUCUGCUCAAUUUCAUCAGAUUCAUAAUUGUAUUUUGAGGUUGUACCAGAAUAGGUUUCUAAGGUUUCAUUUUCAAAAAACACCAUGUUUUUGUGUUUUCACCCUGUGUGUUUAGGUCACUGAUGU